CAUUUUUAUGGAGCACAGCUCUGACCAUAUCCUUUCUCCUGUUCCAGAACCUUCAGUGGCUCCCAGUUGCCUUCAGGAUAAAUUUCAGAACUUUCAGCUUAUCUCUACGUCUGGCUCCAGCCUCAGCCCUUACUCUCCCCACCAGCUGUUGUCUAGAGCCAAACUGAGCCAAACUGACCCGUGCACAUUCUUGCCCUGGGCCGGCCAGCCUUGCCUCUACUUGCCGCCUUGCCUGUCUUCCUUAUAGUUCAUACCAACAUCUUAGUUCUGAAACGUUGGUCCCAACUGCCCCCAUGUGCCCUGGUCUAGCCUCCCCAGUGACUCAGUGAGUGCCCUCUUGCCAGCAUCUCUCAAAAAAUCCCUCAAGUGGGGAGCCUUGUAGGGUGUGGAGGGAAGACCUGCCAAUGGGCAAUCGAAACCUUCCAGGAGCUUCCAGGUCCAGGGGGCGUGAGGUGAGGGAGGGCCUGGGGAGGACCGUUGGUUGGAGACAAAGACCUCACUUCCUCUUCCUCCCAGGCAGGGGCAGCCUUCCACUACGGAGAGCCCAGCUGUCAGCUGCCUCUCAGGAAGAUGCUGUGUCGCUGGGCCAGCGCGGGUGUGGGUGUGCGUGUGCGUUUGGCCACAGCCCUGGCAGUGCUGUGGGUCUGCGUCACAGGCGCACUGGAGGUCCAGGUCCCCGAAGACCCCGUGGUGGCCCUGGUGGGCACCGAUGCCACCCUGCGCUGCUCCUUCUCACCCGAGCCCGACUUCAGCCUGGCGCAGCUCAACCUCAUCUGGCAGCUGACGGACACCAAACAGCUGGUGCACAGCUUCUCCGAGGGCCGGGACCAGGGCAGCGCCUAUGCCAACCGCACCUCGCUCUUCCCCGACCUGCUGGCGCAGGGCAAUGCGUCCCUGAGGCUGCAGCGAGUGCGGGUAGCUGAUGAGGGCAGCUUCACCUGCUUUGUGAGCAUCCGGGACUUCGGCAGCGCUGCAGUCAGCCUGCAGGUGGCGGCUCCUUACUCGAAGCCCAGCAUGACCCUGGAGCCCAACAAGGACCUGCGGCCCGGGGACAUGGUGACCAUCACGUGCUCCAGCUACCGGGGCUACCCGGAGGCCGAGGUGUUCUGGCAGGACGGGCAGGGUGCGCCCCUGACCGGCAACGUGACCACGUCGCAGAUGGCCAAUGAGCAGGGCUUAUUCGACGUGCGGAGUGUCCUGAGGGUGGUGCUGGGCGCCAAUGGCACCUACAGCUGCCUGGUGCGCAACCCUGUGCUGCAGCAGGACGCUCAUGGCUCUGUCACCAUCACGCCCCAGAGAAGCCCCACAGGGCAGCCCAUGACAUUCCCUCCCGAGGCCCUGUGGGUGACCGUGGGGCUCUCUGUCUGCCUUGUCGCCCUGCUGGUGGCCCUGGCCUUCGUGUGCUGGAGAAAGAUCAAGCAGAGCUGUGAGGAGGAGAAUGCAGGUGCCGAGGACCAGGACGGGGAUGGAGAAGGAUCCAAAACAGCCCUGCGGCCUCUGAAACACUCGGAAAGCAAAGAAGAUGAUGGACAAGAAAUAGCCUGACGGCGAGCACCAGGGGGCUGCAGCCCCUGCCUGGGGGCUCCCACCUCUGGCUGCACUGGGGCCUCCGGGUGAGCCCUGCCUCCGACAGAUGCCUCCCACUCUGGCAGGUCCUGCUCACUCUCCAAAGGACAGAGAGGCCACCCUGCAGCCUUAUUUCUCCGAUGGACGUGACUCCCAAGUCAUCCUGCUGCCUUAUUUCUCCAGUGACAUGAUACGUAAAUCAUCCUACUGUCCUAUUUCUUAUGGACAUGACACAGAGACCACCCUGCCACCUUAUUUCUCCAACGGAUAUGCUGCACGGACCAUCUGGCUGCCUUUAUGUCUCCAAAGGACUCAGUAUUCAGACUGAUGCUCUGCCUUAUUUCUCCAAAGACAGGAUACACAGUCACCCCUGGCCUUGGUUCUCCAGUGGCCCUGAUAUACUAGUUAUCAUUUCUCAGCCUUUUCUUCCACCCACCUGUGAGCCUGCUCGGACAGGGACCCUGAGCCUUCAGCAUCUCCUCAAGUCCAGAGGCGGCUCCCCUCCUGCCCGCCCCUCCUCUGGCCCCAGCCUCGGCCUUUCCCUCCCUCGCUGACUGAAGACAGCGCCCUUCCCCCGGGCCUGUGGAGGCACACAGGCGCAUGUGCUGGGUCACGUGCUGGGACACGUUCGGACCUCCCUUAGCCCAGUCUCUUCCGUGGUGCCGUGGGCUGUGCCCCGUGAGCUCCCCCUCCAUGGGAAGCAUGUGCUGGUCACACUGGGUCUCCGGGUGUCCGCGUGGGCCCCCUGAGGGUCAGCUUCUAUCCCACUGUUUUCCCCUCCUUUCCUUUUGUUCAUCCAUUCUAGUAACAGUCACUGAGCAUCCGUGGGGUGUCAGCACUGUGUUAGGUACCUGGGACCCAGCGUGAGAGGACAGGCCCCUUCUCUAAGGAGCUUGCCCUUCAGCUGGGAACUGUCAGGAAACCUGCAACCGCCUGCUACAGCCUGUGGCUCGUGCGGGGGCUCCUGCCCUGCUCUCUACUGUACCCCUUUUCUGUGCCCACAGCUUCCUGGAUACCUCACUCCCACCCCCUCCCUAAUCCUUACCCAGAGCAGGGGCUGCGGGCAGAAACCUGGAGAGAGGGGCAGAGCCUCUUGCUAGACCUGAGAAUCUGAUGGUUUCCAAAGUCCUUCCAGGCGUGAGCAGGUGGGCAGGUGGCCAUGGCACUCUGGACCCCGAAGAGCAGAAGCCUAAGUGAAGCCUGGGGAUGGGGCAGGAGGGCCGCAGGGACACAGCUCUUCCCCCCCCCCCCACGCCCCAACCACGGUGCUAUUCUGGGGCUGGGAAGACAUCUCCUGGCUUGUCCUUUGCUGGCCUCCAGCCUCCGGAAAACUUCUGAUGUCCUCCCGCUGACAUUUCUUCCUUCCCCAGGAACGGAAGAGGUGGCAUGUCUAAUUUAAAUGUGGGACUCUGAGGAAUUUUGUUAACUGGGGGUGUAUUUUGGGAAAAAUAAAUGGCUUUGUAGAAAGCUUUUUCUCCGAGAAGUGUGUGGAAGCAGGUUGGGCGCAGUACUUGGCAGGAAGGAUUCCCUCCCGGACAUUUGAGGCCAGAGUGGGAUGCCUGUAUCUCCUCCCUCUCACCGUCCUUAAACCGCUGGAUCUCUGUGGCCAGGCCAUGC